UCGUCUUUUACCUCCGUCCUUCGCUUAUUCUUCUUCUUCUCCACGCCGAAGUGAUUUAUUUUGCGGUGGUGCUCUUCCUUACCGGCAAAAGGAAGAUGACGAAGAUACUUCCACUAGAGGCUCCUCCUGUUGACGGUAAUCUAGGUCCACUUCCUCCGUCGCAACUAACGGAGGAAGAGAAAGAGACGAUGCAAGCAGAGGCAGAGCAAAACAAUUCAAAUCGAGCUCCCGCGUCUGUUUCUACACACACGAAAACUAUCGGGAUCAUUCAUCCACCUCCAGACAUAAAACCAAUCGUCGAGAAAACGGCUCAGUUUGUUGCCAGAUACGGGCUGGUGUUUGAAAACAAGGUUAAAGCCGAGAAGGCGGAUAAAACUCAUUUCAACUUUCUGAAAAGCGAUGACCCUUAUCAUGACUUUUACCGGCACAAGAUCACCGAGUACUCUGCUCUGAAACAAGACGGAGCUCAGUUUACUGAUUUUGAUGAUACUACUAAAGAUCCUGAACUUGAUGCUGUUGUAGCAGAUGAUGAGUCUGUAUCAUGUGAUGCAAAACCUGACCUGCAGGCUCGAUUUAGGGUUCCUUCUAGUAAGCCUUUAGAAGCUCCUGAGCCUCAGAAGUAUACAGUUAGACUUCCUGAAGGGAUCACGGGUGAGGAGCUUGAUAUUAUUAAGCUCACUGCUCAGUUCGUGGCACGGAACGGGAAGUCGUUUUUAACGGGAUUGACUAGUAGAGAGGGCAACAAUCUUCAGUUUCAGUUUAUGAAGCCAACACAUAGCAUGUUCACUUUUUUCACUUCUCUGGUUGAUGCGUAUUCUGAAGUAUUAUUAAGGCCUCCUAAAGAUUUGAAAGAAAAGAUGAUAAAGAGUGUUGCUAGUUUGACUACUGUUCUUGAGCGUUGCUUGAAUCGUCUUGAAUGGGAUCGUUCUCAGGAGCAACAAAGUAAGAAAGAAGAAGAAGAGAAAGAGAAGGAGAGAGUUCAGAUGGCUAUGAUCGAUUGGCAUGAUUUUGCUGUUGUUGAGUUGAUAGAUUUUGCUGACGAGGAAGAUGAAGAUUUGCCACCGUCUAUGACACUUGACGAGGUUAUAAGGAGGAGCAAAGUAUCAGCGAUGGAAAAAGAUGAAGUUGUUGAGUCUGGAAAGGAGGUAGAAAUGGAAAUGGAUGAAGAUGAAGUUCAGUUUGUUGCAGAAGGAAUGAGAGCAGCGAACCUGGAAGAGAAUGGUUGCUCUGUGCAGAUUGAAAAUGUACACGGUGAAGAAGCACCUAUGAGGAUUGUUAAGAACUGGAAGAGGCCAGAAGAUAGGAUGAUUACAGAGAGAGAUCCAACUAAAGUUGUUAUAUCACCAAUUACUGGAGAGAUGAUUCCCAUUAACGAGAUGUCUGAGCACAUGCGGAUUUCUCUUAUUGAUCCUAAGUUCAAAGAGCAGAAGGAUCGGAUGUUUGCUAAGAUUCGUGAGACCACUCUUGCACAAGAUGAUGAGAUUGCUAAAAACAUUGUCGGGUUGGCCCGCCUGCGUCCUGAUAUCUUUGGGACAACUGAAGAAGAAGUCUCGAAUGCUGUCAAAGCAGAGAUUGAGCAGAAGAAAGAUGAGCAACCAAAACAAGUAAUAUGGGAUGGUCACACAGGAAGUAUCGGUCGCACAGCUAACCAAGCCUUGACUCAGAACGCUAAUGGAGAGGAGCAAGGUGAUGGUGUUUAUGUAUAUACUAAUAACUUCCCUGGUCCAGCUGCUCUUCCUCCUCCGCCUAAUCUUGCCUUGAACCUCCCUCGUCCUCCUCCUACUUUUCAGUACCCUGGUCCACCGAGGCCACUUGUUGUUCCAAUGAUGCAGCCAAUGCAGCCAAUGCAUCAGCAACACCAGUUCUCGAUGCCCGGGCCACUUGGACAACCUUCGAUGAUGAUGAACCAACCACCACAAAUGCAGUCUGUUAUGCAUGUGCCCCCUCCACCGGGAUCUCAGUUUCCUCGUAUGGAAAUUCCUAGACCUUAUGGUCAGCUCCCAUCGCAUUCAAUGGGGGUGAUGCAGCGACCACCUCUGCCUGGGUUGCUUGCUCCCCCACCACCUCUUCUUGAGGAGCCUGAGCCAAAGAGACAAAAGUUUGACGAGUCAUCCCUUGUUCCAGAAGACCAGUUUCUUGCUCAGCAUCCGGGUUCGGCUACUAUCAGGGUUUCUGUGCCAAAAAGGGAUGAUGAGUCCAAAGUCAUUGAGAUCUCAGUGCAGUCGUUAUCCGAAAACGUGGGGAGUUUGAAGGUGAAAAUAGCUGGGGAGAUAGAUAUUCCUGCAAACAAACAGAAGUUAAGUGGAAAAGCUGGGUUCUUAAAAGACAACAUGUCGCUUGCACAUUACAAUGUCGGAGCAGGAGAAAUCCUAACAUUGUCUGCGAGGGAUCGUGGUGGGAGAAAGAGAUAGAGACCGUUUGGUUGAUACAGGGAAAUGCUUUUUAAUCUCUUAAUUCUUGUUCUUUAAUAGAUGUUUUCUAUUGGUUGCCAAAAGUAUAUGUACUGCUCUCUCGUACUCGUCAUAUCUCUACUAUUACUGGCUUAAGUUUCUUUUGGAUUUGCAGCUAGUUUUGAGGCAACAGUUUGCUCUAUAAUCUUUAAAGAACAUAUUUGAUACUUUGCUUUGUGUGGUCUUCAUGUUGUUAAGCUUUUUUUAAUUAAAUUUUACUUUUUCUCUUCUGUAGGUACCAAAUGAGGAUGCUGCUUUGCUUGUGUUGUGUCCCACAGGCCACAGGCUGAUCAUUGUCGCAGGGUAACACACACAAUCAGAAUACUUAAGAUGUUAGUUGAAAGUUGAAACAUGGGGAACCUUCUCUAGGAUUUAAACAUAGGUUCUCUUCUGUUUAUUGAAAAUGAUCUGUUCUGUGUUACGCUGAUACCGUGACCUCGAGAGACCCGAACUCUUGUGUCGGCUAAGUUUGUUUACAAACAGGAGUUGAGAGUACAAUAUGAGCCAUGUCCAUAAUGCUAAUAAAAAAAUCAACUUUGUAAGAUGCUCAGAUCAAGUUUUUGAUAUGGUUCCUCUAAAAGUAUACAGUUAGACUUCUUGAAGGGAUCCUGAGAGUGCUUGAUGUUAUCAAGGUCACAGUCCAGUACUAGAGGCAGUGGCGCUUAAUGGGUGAUCGUUCUUCAAGGGAUUGGUCACGACUAGAGAGAUUAACAAUCGUCGGUUAUACUUUACUCAUAGAGUGUUAACUUUUUUCACUGAUUUGGUUGAUGCCGUUAUAUGGAACUAUUAUAUUAACCCCUCUCCAAUAUCUUGCAGCUGAAUUAGAACAGAUCUGAGGAAUCAUGCUUAUGCUUUGUGAAUUCUUGCUCAUUGGUCUUAACACACCAUCAUUCAGAUGCAAAAGUCUUGUAGAUUGCUCAUUACUCAUAACACCAUCAUUAUGAUUGUAGACUUGAUUGUCUUGUUAUAUAUAUAUAAAAAAAUUACUUACA